UCACAUCUAGUCAGAAGAAAUGCAGGAGCGAAUGUAAACAGGAAAUAAGAAAGCUUCACUUCAACAGAUCAGAGUUAUUCAAGAGAAGAGCGCUGGAGUCAGAGGAGCGAUGUUUCUACCGGGGGGAAAGCGCGGCUUUUAUGUUUUAUGGACCGUCAUUUUAUUAUCACACUGGGUUUAUUGCCAGCACUGUAUCUGGUAUGGAGAAUGUGGAAACUCUACUCUCUACGGCAAAAAGUACAACUGCAAUUACACUGGCCCUCCUAAACCUUUACCCGAGGAUGGGCAAGAACUGUUAAUGGAACUAUGCCCAAAUUACGUCUAUGGAGAUAACAGGGUCUGCUGUGACACACAGCAGCUCAAGACAUUAAAGGAAAGUAUUCAGAUUCCUCUUCAGUACUUGUCCAGGUGUCCAGCGUGCUUCUUUAACUUCAUGACCCUGUUCUGUGAACUCACCUGCAGUCCUCGACAGAGCCAGUUUCUCAAUGCUACUGAGUUCAUAACAGAACCAGAUGACACGGGGAAAAACACAACCAAUGUGGUCAAACUUUCCUAUUAUAUCAACCAGACCUUUGCAAAUGCCAUGUAUAACGCCUGCAGUGAUGUUCAGGCUCCUUCCACUAAUGUCAAAGCUCUAAAUCUGCUGUGUGGGACGGCCGCCAGUAUGUGCACUCCCGACAACUGGAUCCAGUACAUGUUCGAUAUCAAAAAUGGUCAAGUUCCCUUUGCUAUUGAGCCUGACUUCGGAGAAGGACCUGCGGUGGACAUGACUCCCAUGAACAACGGGACAUUUAGCUGCACAGAGUCUCUGGAAGAUGGCUCCGGGCCCUGCUCAUGUCAGGACUGCAGCAAAGCCUGUGGCCCAACCCCUCUUCCGCCCCCUAUCCCUCCACCCUGGACCAUCCUUGGCUUAGAUGCCAUGGCUGUUAUUAUGUGGUGUUCCUAUGUAGCCUUCCUCCUCAUGUUCUUUGGAGUCGUGCUGUGCAUGUGGUGUUACAGAAAGAAGAUGGUCACAUCUGAAUAUGGCCCGAUUCUAGACAGUAACCAACCCCUCUCCUUGAAUGCAAAUGGCACAGAGUUUUUAGGUGAAGCUACAUGCUGUGAGACAUUGGGUGAGCGUUUCGAGAACGCUCUCCGCAUGCUCUUCAGCAGCUGGGGUUCGUUGUGUGUGCGUCACCCGCUGACCGUGAUCCUGACUAGUGUCGUGUUUGUGUCGGCUUGCUCGGCCGGUCUGGUCUACAUGCAAAUUACCACCAACCCAGUGGAGCUGUGGUCGUCCCCUAGCAGCAGGGCCAGACAGGAGAAGGACUACUUUGACCAGCACUUUGGACCGUUUUUCCGUACCGAACAGCUCAUCAUCACCACUCCGUUUACUGAACAUAUUGUCUUUAAUUCAACCACUGGACCAGACAUCACCUUCUCCCCCAUCUUUAGUUUAUCGCUGCUCCAUCAGGUGCUGGAUCUCCAGACAGAAAUCACACAUCUAACAGCUGAAUAUAAAGGAGAAAUAGUGAGCCUUAAAGACAUCUGUGUUUCUCCGCUGUCUCCUUACAUUGACAACUGUAUCAUCUUGAGUGUGUUAAACUACUACCAGAACAGCCAUGAGGUCCUGGAACAUGUGUUUAAAGAUCCUUUCUUUACUUAUGCUAAUUACCUCACUCAUUUUCUAUAUUGUGCCAGUUCUCCUACAGCUUUGGAUGACAGCACAGACCCCGAAAAUCAUGACCCCUGCAUGGGGACUUUUGGAGGCCCAGUAUUCCCAUGGCUAGCUCUCGGUGGAUAUGAAGGCACUGAAUACAAAAACGCUACAGCUCUUGUCAUCACCUUUCCUGUGACCAACUACCUGAAUGACACAGACAAGAUCGGCAAAGCUCUUGCAUGGGAGAAAGAGUUUAUCAACUUUGUGAAGAACUACAGAAACCCAAACCUGACCAUCUCGUUCAGCGCAGAGCGCAGCAUUGAGGAUGAAAUCAACCGGGAGAGCAGCAGUGAUGUCACAACCAUCGUGAUCAGCUACGUCAUCAUGUUUGUCUACAUCUCAUUGGCUCUGGGCCACAUUAACAGCUUUCGGACACUACUGGUGGACUCAAAGAUCUCUCUGGGAAUCGCUGGUAUCCUGAUCGUCCUGAGUUCGGUGGCUUGUUCUCUGGGUAUCUUCAGUUACAUUGGCAUCCCCCUCACACUCAUCGUCAUCGAGGUCAUUCCUUUCCUCGUACUGGCUGUUGGAGUGGACAACAUCUUCAUCAUCGUACAGACAUACCAGAGAGAUAUCCGGAUGAAUGAGGAAGAGCUGCAUCAGCAGAUUGGUCGUAUUCUCGGAGAUGUGGCACCCAGCAUGUUCCUCUCUUCGUUCUCUGAGACCGUGGCUUUCUUUUUAGGUGCUCUCUCUACAAUGCCUGCAGUGAGGACGUUCUCUCUGUUUGCCGGUCUGGCCGUCUUCAUUGAUUUCCUCCUGCAGAUCAGUUGCUUUGUGUCUCUUCUGGGUUUGGACAUUAAGAGACAAGAGGCUAAUCGGGUGGAUAUAUUCUGCUGUGUUAAGUUGCCUGAGGCACAGCAAGCAAAAUCGGAAGGCUGUCUGUUCCAAUUUUUCAAGAAAAUAUACGCUCCUUUCAUCCUGAUGGAUUGGGUGCGCCCCCUGGUGGUUGCCGUGUUUGUGGGAAUACUCUCCUUUAGUAUAGCUGUCAUUAACAAAGUGGAGAUUGGCCUCGACCAGGACCUGUCCAUGCCUGAUGACUCGUAUGUUUUAAAUUACUUUGGAAACCUCACGGAGUACCUGCACACGGGGGCGCCGGUCUACUUUGUGGUAGAGGAUGGACACGACUAUAAAACGACUAAGGGCCAGAACGCUGUGUGUGGUGGAGUGGGCUGCAAUAACAACUCUUUAGUUCAGCAAAUUUACUCCGCCUCUCUUAUGAGCAACUACACAAAGAUCCAUAAUGUUCCAUCAUCUUGGUUGGAUGAUUAUUUCGACUGGGUGAAGCCGCAGUCCUCCUGCUGCAGAUAUUAUAACUCGACUGGAGCUUUCUGUAACGCUUCAGUGGUGGAGAAGACCUGCGUUCACUGCAGGCCUAUGACCCCCAGCGGGAAACAAAGACCUAAUGGUACCGACUUCAUGCGGUUCCUCCCCAUGUUUCUCUCAGACAACCCAAACAUCAAGUGUGGAAAAGGUGGUCAUGCUGCGUACAGCACUGCUGUUGAUCUCAAAAACAACAACACAGAUGUCGGGGCCACCUACUUUAUGACCUAUCACAGCAUCUUAAAAACAUCGGCUGACUAUAUUGAUGCCCUGAAGAUGGCACGAGAGCUAACGGACAACAUCACGCAAGCAGUAGGACCGCAGGACAAGAGCUACCGAGUCUUCCCCUACAGCGUGUUCUACGUGUUCUACGAACAGUACCUAACAAUCAUUGCAGACACUGCCUUUAAUCUUGGUGUGUCGCUGUUGGCCAUCUUUUUGGUGUCUGCGGUGCUGUUGGGCUUUGAUCUCUGGUCUGCGCUAAUGGUGUCGUUCACCAUUGCAAUGAUCCUGAUCAACAUGUUUGGAGUCAUGUGGCUGUGGAAUAUCAGUCUCAACGCUGUGUCAUUGGUCAACCUUGUAAUGAGCUGUGGUAUAUCAGUGGAGUUCUGCAGUCACAUCGUAAGAGCUUUUUGUGUCAGCACUAAGAGCUCGAGGGUGAAGAGGGCAGAGGAGGCACUGGCACACAUGGGCAGCUCUGUGUUCAGUGGAAUCACUCUCACUAAAUUUGGUGGGAUUUUGAUUCUUGCCCUGUCCAAAUCCCAGAUCUUCCAGAUCUUCUAUUUCCGCAUGUAUCUGUCUAUGGUUCUGCUUGGAGCUGCUCAUGGUCUCAUCUUCCUGCCUGUGUUACUCAGUUAUGCAGGUCCAUCUGUAAAUAAAGCAAAAGUUAUGGCUGCUCACAAAAGACUUAUUGGCACAGAAAGAGAACGACUCAUCUACUAAAAGCUCUGAGGAACUAAACAACAUUGAACUUUGAAAAACGCUACUGCUGCAUCCUCCUUUUAUAUGUUACCAGCAUAGUAAACGCAUUAACUUGCUGACCUUACCCGGGACCAGUUUGGGUGUGCCAGAAAGCCUUUUUCCAUAUAAUUUCUCCUCAAUGUAGACUCCACUGUGUGUUUAUUUGUCCACACAGUGAAUUCUGAAGGACAGACUUGAAAAACCUUUCAGUGUUGAAGCUGUGCAGUGCUGCAGUCAUUUUCACGUGUGUACAAAACGGUCAAGUGCAUACUAUAUCCUCUAACCACAUUUCACCUGACAGUCGUUGUUGAAAUGUGGUCUCAAAAACAAUGAGCUUUUUUAUUUAUUUGUGUGAAUCAUUUUUGCUUUAUCGUUUGUUUCAUUUAAUUACCGUCAAAUUCAAAUGAUGAAGGAACCGUCAUAGAAAAUGAGCCGCAGUGGACAAUCUCUUGAUGAUUUAUUGUAAUAUAGGAAUGACAUGGUAAACAAACUGUUAGUUGUAUACUGCGGCUCAAGUGUGGCUUUUAGGCAGUAGAAACACUUUUUUCUUAUGUAAUUAACUAAAUGGGAUAUAUGGGUUUACAUAGGGACAAAUUAUCAACUGUAUGUUUUUAAAUCUUUACUUAAAAAAGCAUUGAAGUGCCAAGAAGGGAAAGCUAACAUUAUUGAAAUUCCCUGAGCUUUAUUAAACCAAAACAUAACUCACAAUGACAUAUUGUUUUGGUUUAAAACAAGCAUUUUCCUGAAUUUGAAUGUCUGUCUCCUCAGAUAUGGGGUAAGUCAAACACUAUGAUAUUACCACAUAUGAACUGUAUACAUAUAUAUUUGCACACACAAAUAAAUACUUAAGGAGAUAUGUUGGUUUGAUUUAAAACAAUAGAUUAUAGAAAAGUCUUGAAAACAUGAAGGUUGAAUUUAACAUCAAUACUUUCAAAAUACAAAUUAUGUUUGUGUUAUAACAGCCUCAAGGUGUGUGCUUUCCUUGAUGGAUAACAGUUCUUAAUAUGGAUGAUGUUUGUAAUAAAAUAUACUAAUUUGUCA